AUGAGAAACCUCUGGAGGGACGAGAUGGUGGAGAGCUUUCCCAAGAUCAAGAACUGGCCAAGGCGAUGCGCGUGCGGGGUGAGUCUAGCAGCGAAGCAGACGAGAACCGUGAUAAGGAAGUCGGACGUGAUGUUCCGAGACGAGAAACCUGAACCGGUUGAGGAGGAGCCUGUUGCUGCUGUUCCAGAUGGCGAGAGUGUCGUGGAGCGCUUCGCUGGUCCGUCUGAGCUACAACACGUCGUAGCAGAGCUGACGGAAGACCAGGACGAGGCCGUGGAGAAUUCGUCUGGACGACAGCCGGUCGUUGCUGAGCUGACGGAUGACGAGGGCGAGGAGGAACAUUCCGGCGCGCUCCCUUCGCAACCAGAACGUGACCACUGCUCAGCAGAAGGGUCACGAGGCGCAGCAAACAGGAGCGCAGAACCCCGGGUAAGUUCCCUGACCAUUGUAAACAGUUUGGCAGAAGUACUGUUGGUGGACGCAUUACAGAUUCCACCGAGGACGUCUUGA